CCCUUCUAAUUGAGCAGCAUGCUGGCGCGGCGGCAAUGCCGGCUGCUGGUGACGAAGGAUGCCAAGCCGCAGGCCUCGGGUUUCUGGCCACUUGCACAGGGCCUGAGGCAACUGAAGUUUUGCUCGGUUGAGCUUCGUCCACCCGGCGGCUAUGCGUCCGACGAGAAGGCGCACUCGUUUCGAAUGUAUAUACACCGAACAGUGGAGAAGGACCAGAGAGUCAGGAUGUCGCCAUGGGGCGACGCAGCCAUCCGAAAUUCUUUGCAGGCGCUGGCAACAGCUCCAAAGGCUGUGUCCUUCGAGGUGGAGAGGAUAAAAAGCUCAGAGGAAGAAGUGCACCUGGUCUUCGAAUCCGCUGGCAGCUCGCCGUGGCAGGAGUACCUGGAAAACCGCAUCAUGAACACCAAGCGCUUGGCCGUCACGGCUGACACGCAGGCAGUGAAGCUGGCCCGGGACCUCGUCAGCAUGCUGCAGGCCGCAGCGAAGGACGAGCAAGCUGUGCAGGCCUUUGCUUUUUGGGAUGACGAUGCGGCACUGGUGGCACUUGCCAAGGGUGUGGCGGCGGUGUCAUCCCUGUAUCCGUUUAAGCGGCUGACUUGCGUGGCCAACGUAGUCAAUCCCAUGGAUGAUCCACGCGGACGGCUCUUUGUGUACGCAACCUUUGGCGAACCUGUUGAACCGCUGCCCAAAUCUGGCCAAGUGUUCCACGCUUACCCACCGGGGUCCAAAGCGGAUCCAGCUGUGCUGAAGCGGUUCUACGCCUCCGUGGAGGACCGUCUUCACCAGGGAAGCCACGUGCACAUGCUGUGCUUGGGCACAGAUGCCAUCAUGCAUUCUAUUCGCGCGCUGUGUUUGGUGAAGGGAUUUACGGCAGAUCUUGUUGUACAGUGGGCACCUGGGAUCAAGGGAGAAGGAGCCGGCAGCGCAAGCCAGAGCAAGGCUUCUCAAGUUCCCAGGGCAGUGCGGCUUAAGGCGACUCGAGGGCAGACCUGGGAAGAGUUCAAUGCAACGGACUUUUCCAAGACAAGCCUGCGCAAGGUGAAGUCCACCACCGAAGUAGGAAAGCUGGCCUAUGCCGCAGUUGCGGAGGUGCGACAGCAUGAGGCUGUAGCAAUUCAUUGCUUCUCCGACGACAAGGCGGCCGUGACCGUUGCCAUGAAGGCACUGGCAGCAGUCCCAACCGUGACAGGGGGCAAGAAGCUUGUUUGCGUACCAAGCUUCGGUCGUGCUGGUCCUGAUCAGAGACCAGUGCUGCGACUCUAUGCCAAGCGUUACCGGGGUCAGCAGCCAGAGCAGGCGAAUCCUGCGAGCGGCUAAAACAGCGCUACCGAGGAGC